GCGCAUGCGCGUUGUGAGUCGGACAGGGUACCCCGUUUGGGCUGUGACGGCGACAUCCGCUAAUUCUCCUCCUUUUGGAAUUAGCCAGCUAGCGCGCCGCUAACAGACGGAGCCGCCGCUCUCCAUUCAUUACAUUAACCCAGAAAUGUCGAGAAUUUACAUCGGGAAGCUGAGCUACCGCGUGAAAGAGAAAGAUGUCGAGAGGUUUUUCAAGGGAUACGGAAAGAUUUUAGAAGUGGACCUUAAAAACGGGUACGGAUUUGUAGAAUUUGAUGAUCCCCGUGAUGCAGAUGAUGCCGUGUACGAUCUGAACGGGAAAAACCUUUGUGGUGAGAGGGUGCUUGUGGAACACACCAAGGGGCCUCGACGGGAUGGAGGCAACAACUCUGGAAGAAGCAACUGGUAUGGGCGUGGAGGAAGGGACAGAUAUGGUCCACCGACACGCACUGACUACAGAUUGAUUGUAGAAAAUCUGUCCAGCCGCUGCAGCUGGCAGGACCUAAAGGACUAUAUGCGGCAGGCUGGAGAGGUUACAUAUGCAGACACUAAUAAGGGUCGCAGAAAUGAGGGAGUGAUUGAGUUCAGGCUAUAUUCGGACAUGAAGAGGGCACUGGAGAAACUGGAUGGCACUGAAGUGAAUGGCAGAAAGAUCCGCUUGAUUGAGGACCGCCCUGGUGCCAGAAGCAGGCGCUCUUAUUCACGCAGCCUCAGCCGUUCCAGGUCUCGCUCUAGGAAUAGGAAGUCCGGCAAGAGCCGCAGCCGGAGCCGCAGCCGCAGUGCCAGCAGCCGUCGCUCCUACUCCAGACCUGCAGCAUCUCGGUCCAGGAGCAGAUCUGUAAGUAAGAAAAAUGAGAAAAGGAAAAAGAGGGAAGAGGAGGAACGCCACAGUGAAGAUCAGCCUAACCGAGAUUCUCAAGGAGGCGAAGACGAUGCCAGGAGUCCCAGCAGGAGCCGCAGCUCCAAGAGCAAAAAGGGAAAACAGGAGAGCAAACGGACCCGCAAAGAGUCCUGCUCUCGAUCCAGGUCCCGUUCUGUGUCACGCUCUAAAACCGAAAACAAAAGGGAUGGCUCUAAAACUCGUGAACCCACAAAGAGCGGUGAUGAGGGAACAGCAGAUAGGAACUUGCGUUCCAGAUCGCGUUCUUACUCCAGAUCCCGUUCUCCCUCUACUCCCAAAGCCCGGGCCAAAUCUAAAUCCAGCUCAAAGUCCCAAUCACACACUCCAGCUAAAGGCUCUGCUUCAGCUCGGUCAUGCUCCCGAUCUCGCUCUAGAUCCCGCUCACGCUCUAGAUCCCAUUCCCGCUCACGCUCUAGAUCCCGAUCACGCUCUCGGUCAUAAGCCGGAGUUCUACACUUCCCCACCCAUUCUGUCUGUAACUUUGUGUUUUUUUGAUAACUACAGUUGUAGAUACACUCACUGAGCAUGUAACUGGGAACAGUAUUCUAACACUACAUAGGGAAUCCCUUUGCUCUCAGCUUUUGCAUUUUGACAUGGUGAAUUACCUUGCUGGAAGUUGCCAUUAAAAGGUGGCUGAAAUGGGGCCAUGAGUGAGUGUACUUAGACUGUGACUUUCUUUUGUAUGAAAUACACAUGCAGGCCCAAAGUGUGCAAAGAGAACUUUUUAAACCUCUUAGACACAAGGCAAAAUUGCAUCAAUGGUUCCACGCCGCUGGUGCCAAAUUCCGAUCCCACGUACAAACUAGUUAUUUUUGCUGAUUUUUUCAAUUAUUCAGUUAUUCAAUUUGGCUUUUUAUCAGUUCUGUUAACUUGUACCUGUCUAGCUAUUUUUCUGUUAAAUCCCCUUGUUAAACAGUUGUUUCCAGAGAUCUUUGUGUAUGGAACAUUUUCAAAUAUUCAAACCAGCAACAGUCAUGCCAUCCGCGUGCACUGUUGCCACACAACUGACUGAGAAGGUAAUUGCAUAAACAAGUAAAUGUACAGGUGUUUCCAAUAAAGUGCUUGGUGAGUGUAGGUAAGACCCAUUGUGCCAUGUGUUUGCCUUAUACGUUAUUCCAUUCUUUUUUGAAUAACUAUUGGUAUUAUUGUCUUUAUACUUUUUUUCUUUUUGAGUAGUGCCCGCUUUUAAAAAGUCUCUGUAGAAUCUAGUAAUCUUUUUAUUAGAAGGAGUCAAAACAUAAGGUAAGAGUGUGAGCCUGAUGUGUCCUAAACAUUGUAUUACACACAAUAGGAACAUGUGUUUUGCAAGGAUGUAGUGGAGUUAGUAUUAUUUUUGUGUACACACUGUUCUCCUAUUCUUCUGUUCUCCUAUUAUCUGUUUCAUUUAAGACAUGAAAUAAAAAAGCAUGUCUGAUUA